GCCACCGCAAAAGAGCCCCUGCAAAGAAUGUUUGUUUCUAAACAGUGGACUUCAAGUCGUUAUGCAAAAUUAGUUGAGGGGAAGGAGGUUAAAAAGAUUGUGAUGGAUGACAGAACGUUUUGGCCUGGGGUUGCUUACUCAAUAAAAACAUCAAGGCCAUUAGUUGAAGUUUUGAGGAUUGUUGAUGGUGAUGAGCCUGCAAUGGGAUUCAUCUACGGUGCUAUGGAUUCUGCAAAAGAAAAAAUUGCAGAAAAUUUUGGAAAUCAAUAUUCCACUUAUAGUGAGAUUUGGAAGAUAAUUGAUGAGAAGUGGGAGCACCAACUGCAUCGGGACUUGCAUGCUGCAGCAUAUUAUUUGAAUCCCAGAUUCAAAUGGGAGGAUGACUUCUCUACUCAUGUGGAGGUUAAGAAAGGUUUGUAUGCUUGUAUGGAGAGGCUUAUUUCUGAUAGUAGUGAUUUUAACCAAGCUGAUGCACAAAUGGAUGAAUAUCGAUACAAGCGUGGACUUUUCGGAAUGAGGGCGGCUCAAAAUUCAUAUAAAACACGUCCCCCAGUGGAAUGGUGGGAUCAAUUUGGAGAUCAUAUUCCAGAACUACGGGCUUUUGCGGUCAAAAUUCUUGGCUUGACGUGUUCUUCUUCCGCUUGUGAACGAAAUUGGAGCACAUUCAAUCAAGUCCAUACGAAGAGAAGGAAUCGUCUUUCAGCCAUUAAGUUGAAUAGUUUGGUAUUUAUAAUGUUCAACAAGAAGUUGAAGUUUAGGAAGAGCAGAUUACAAAAGAAAGAGGAUAAUUUGAUCUUCGAUAAUGUAUCAUCUGAUGAUGAGUGGAUUGCUGAACCGAAUGCAGAUGAUGGAGAAAGUGUGGAUGCACGUGAUGAACUUGCAUUAGUUGUUGAUGAAAUGGACAACGAAUUCAGAGGGGUGGACCUUACAGUUGGAACUGAAGAAGAUAAUGAGGCCCGUGAAAAUGAAGGAGAUGACAAUGAGAAUGACAUUACUAAUUUGGAUACUCAUGAAGAGGACGAUAGGCUUAGUUUUGAAGAUUAAUAGUUCCAAUUUGUCAAUUUGCAAACUUAAACUCCUAAACUUUUAUUUUCUUGUCUUAGAAUUUUAAUGUUUUAUGUUCUUUUGAGUUUUGACUUUGGUAUUUCAGUUUUAUAUUAUUUGGACUUGAAUAUUUUGUAGUUAUGAUAUUUUUACUUGUGAUUUUGUUUAGAUAUGUUAUUGUUAUGAAUUAUCUAUACCUUCUAAUAUGUCAUAGGCUUGUAGAUACACUUAAGCAAUUAAAUUUCGGGGCUUACGCCUCGUUACGCCUCGAGGCUUACGCCUCGGAAGGCUACCCCCGAACGCCUCGAGGCCCGAUUUCGCCUUUCAAAACCUU